UUUUUUUUUUUUUUGUUAUUAUUGAAAUGACUUUAAUAUAAUGGAUUCUAAUAAUCUACUGAUGUUUUUGAUUCUUUUAAGAUUAUUACAAUGUUUGGGUUCUUUGAUAACUAUUAUUAUUGAAAUACUUCGACAUACUGGUUCUAUAAUCGAUUUAAAAAGAGUAAUUCCAAAUAAUUACGAACUAUUCUUUGAAUAUUGCGUAAUGAAUCUAGGAUUCGUUUUAAGUGCCCUUUACUUGUUUCAAUUAAAUCAACGACGGAAACAAGGACCAUAUAAAUUACAUAUUUUUGUAGAUUGCGUUUUGAUGAACGCUUGGAUGAUAUUCGGUAUAUUACGAUUAUCUCCGCAAUUCGAUAUGAGUAAUAUUUUGACUUGUAAUCAAUAUCAAUUUAAACAACGUGAAGGAUGUAUUACAUAUAUAUCAACUUUAGUACUUGGAUAUGUUAUUUCCGGUUCAUAUUUUUUAACGGCAAUAAUAUCCACAUGGUUAUGGAUGGAACAAAAAAAUUCUCAACUCAAUUCCAUUUCCAUUUCCAAUCCCAAUCCCAAUCCCAAUCCUAAUCCUAAUCCUAAUUCUAAUUCUAAUUCUAAUUCUAAUUUUAAUUUUAAUUUUAAUUCCAAUUCCAAUCACAAUCACAAUCACAAUCGCAUUUCAAAUUUCAAUUCCAAUAUCAACUCAAAUCCUAUAAAUAGUAACUUAAUAUCAUCAUUUGAUUCAACUAAAUUAGCUGGAUCAAAGAAUAUUAACGUUGCAAUUAAUCAAGAUGAUAUUGAAUUUAAUAGGUCUGAUGGUACAAUAGUAAUAUUUCGUAAACCUUCACCUUCUUUUCUUAAACACGAACGAUUUUCUGAUAAUUCUUCUAAUAAUUCUUAUAUAUCGGAAUAUAGUUUAGGUAGUUCCUUUAGUAGAACUUAUGGUUCUAUAAUUAUUCCACGAAAAUAUUCUGAUGAUUCUAAUAUAAUAGGUAGAAAUCAAAUCGUUUCUACUCAUAGUGAAAACAGUAUUAAUAGCAAACGUUUAUCAUCGACAUUUAGUGAUAAAACUUCUAGAAGUAGUAAUUAUGAUGGUUCAAUUAUUAUAAAAUUAGUUACAUGAACGGAUUAACGUGACCUGAUUACGUGAACAGAUUACGUGAACGGAUUAGUGAACGGAUUAGAAAGAUCAUAUUAAUUAUAUUAAUUUCUUUCUUUCUUUUUAUUAAAAAAAAAAAGAAAAAAAGGAAGAGAGAAAAAAAUUACAAGGAAAAAUAUAAAAAAAUAAAAUAAAAAAUAAAAAAAA